CGCAUUGGCUAAAUGUCACUCAAGUUCCGGGGUCGGUCCAGGAGGUUGUGUACAGUGUAAAAAUCAACAUUUAGACGCGUUUACAUUAUUACACAAGGCCCAUCACGGCAGAAACCCUUUCAAAGUUUAUUUUAGACAGUUGGAAUUGCGAACAAAUUUCCAAGAGGACGUCGAUGACAAUGAAUUUUUUCAGGGGAGUGAUGGGUGGACAACCCGCGGGGCCACAGCCGACUGGAGCAGAGACGAUCCAUAAGCUGUGUGACCGUGUGGCCUCCUCCACACUCCUGGAGGACCGCAGGGACGCUGUCCGAGCCCUUAAAUCGCUCUCAAAGAAAUAUCGCUUGGAAGUUGGCACUCAGGCUAUGGACCACCUGGUUCACAUACUGCAAACAGACAGGUCGGACUCUGAAAUCCUUGGCUACGCUUUGGACACACUCUAUAAUAUCAUCUGCAACGAUGAAGAGGAGGAACAAGACGAAUCUGAAGACAUGGCGGCCGCACCCCCCAUCCCUGUCUCAGGGAAGCAUAAGAACGUGCCUGUGUCUGAUGAGAACGCCCAGAAGCAGGAUGAAGACCUGGGAGUCCUGUUCACUGACAAGUUCCUCGGCGACUCUGAGAACGUGACACUACUACUGACUCUGUUAGAGGAGUUUGACUUCCACGUGCGGUGGCCAGGAGUGAAGCUGCUCACCGCUCUGUUGAAGAACCAGUGUAACCAGGUCCAGGGCGUCAUCCUGGUCAGCCCUAUGGGUGUUUCUAGACUGAUGGACCUAUUAGCUGACUCCAGAGAAGUCAUCCGUAAUGAUGGUCUUCUGUUGCUGCAGCAGCUGACCAAAGGCAACGCGGCCAUCCAGAAGAUCGUAGCGUUUGAGAACGCUUUCGAGCGUCUCCUAGAUAUCAUAACAGAGGAGGGCAGCAGUGAUGGAGGUAUCGUAGUGGAGGACUGUCUCCUGCUGCUCGUCAACCUGCUGAAGAACAACAGCUCCAACCAGAACUUCUUCAAGGAGGGCUCCUACAUCCAGAGGAUGAAGCCCUGGUUCGAGGUGGGAGACGACAACUCUGGCUGGUCCGCCCAAAAGGUCACCAACCUCCACCUCAUGCUGCAGUUGGUGCGAGUCAUGGUCUCCCCGGUCAACUCUCCUGGAGCCACCAGUAGUUGUCAGAAGUCAAUGUACCAGUGUGGCCUCCUGCAGCAGCUCUGCACUAUCCUCAUGGCCACUGGCGUGCCUGCUGACAUACUCACUGAGACCAUCAACACUGUAUCGGAGGUGAUCCGCGGCUCACAGAUCAACCAGGACUACUUUGCAUCUGUCAACGCUCCCUCCAACCCCCCAAGACCUGCCAUAGUGGUGCUGCUGAUGUCCAUGGUCAACGAGAGGCAGCCGUUUGUGCUGCGCUGUGCCGUUCUCUACUGCUUCCAGUGUUUUCUCUACAAGAACCAGAAGGGCCAGGGGGAGAUCGUAGCCACCCUACUGCCCUCCACCAUCGACGCCAACUCCAUCUCGGCGGGCCAGCUGCUGUGCGGGGGCCUGUUCUCGGCUGACUCCCUGUCUAACUGGUGUGCUGCAGUGGCCCUGGCCCACGCCCUGCAGGACAACCUGACCCAGAAAGAGCAGCUCCUCCGGGUGCAGCUGGCCACCAGCCUGGGCAAGCCCCCCGUUUCCCUGCUGCAGCAGUGCACCAACAUCCUCUCACAGGGGGAUAAGAUCAACCGGAGGGGCAGUAAAGUGCAGACGCGGGUCGGUCUCCUCAUGCUGCUGUGUACCUGGAUCAGUAACUGUCCCAUCGCUGUCACACACUUCCUGCACAACCAGGAGAACGUCCCCUUCCUGACAGGUCAGAUCUCUGAGAACCUGGGGGAGGAUGAGAGGCUGGUGCAGGGCCUGUGUGCCCUCCUAUUGGGUAUCUGCAUCUACUACAACGACAACUCUCUGGAGAACUACACAAAAGACAAGCUGAAGCAGUUGAUCGAGAAGCGCAUUGGGAAGGAGAACUUUGUGGAGAAGCUGGGCUUCGUCACGAAACACGAGCUGUACUCCCGCGCUGCACAGAAGCCCCAGCCCGUCUUCCCCUCCCCUGAACAGAUGCUGUUUGACCACGAGUUCACCAAGCUGGUCAAAGAACUGGAAGGCGUGAUAACGAAAGCGGUCCACAAGACGAGCGAGGAGGAGAAGAAGGAGGAGGAGGUGAAGAAGACUCUGGAGCAACACGACAGCAUCGUCAUCCAGUACAAAGAUCUCAUCAGAGAUCAGGACACCCAGAUCCAGGAGCUGAGGGAGCAGGUUUCCACCCUGUCUCUGAACAGUGAACAGAUGCAGAAUCAGAUCGCACAGCAGCAGUCCCAGAUCCAGCAACACAAAGACCAGUACAACAUCCUCAAGCUGAAACUAGGUAAAGACAGCCAGGGUCUGUCCUCCAGCCAGGGAGAGGGAACUCACGUUAACGGGCUCCACUCAGAGGAGUUGAGCCAGCUCAGAGAGGAGGUGGAGGAGCUCCGCAGACAACACGCACUACAACACACACAGCUCAGCGACAAGGACUCACUCAUCAACACACUGAGGUGUGGGGCGGCAGCAGCAGCACAGACAGCAGAAGGUGGAGCGGGAGGGUCUGACAACACAGAGCUUCUCCGGGAGGUGGAGUCGUUGAGGAGUCGUGUCCAGGCUCAGUGUGCAGAGAUCAGCCAGCUGCAGACAGAGAGACAGGAGCUCAUCAGGAGAGCUGAGGCAGUGUCCUCGGUCCCGGCCUCCAGCAGUGAGAGCUCGGCAGACACAGUUACAGUAUCUGAACUGGAGAGCAGGCUGGCUGCUCAGACCACAGAGGCAGAGAGACUUAAGGAGGAGUGUCGGGGCCUGAGGGAGGGCCAUGCGGGGCUGGAGCAGCAGUUGGCGUCGGCAACGAGCACAGUGGCCAUCGAGCAGACGGAGAAGACCAAGCUGCAGCAGGAGGUGCAGGAGUCAAAGAAGGAACAGGACGACCUCCUCAUGCUGCUGGCCGACCAGGACCAGAAGAUCCUCAACCUCAAGCAACGUCUCAGAGACCUGGGAGAGACGAUUGAUGAAGACGAAGAUGAGCUAGACGCCCGGGACCAAUUCUGUGAAGAUGACGACGACGAUAAUGAGGAGGAGGAUGAAGAGAACAAUGACUAGAGAGUUCUAGAGGGAUGGAAAUGUGGCAGACUCAAGGCAACAAAGACAUUGCUGCAUUAGCCAUGUUGUUCUAAUACACUAUUAGAAAAAUGGAAGAAUGGACCGAGAUGGAUUGCUCUCUAUUGCUCCAACCCACCAUGCUACCUUCUUCUUUACUCCACCCCUCCCUUCAUCCCUCGAUCUCGUCAUCCAUUUUAAUGUUUAGAUCAUUUUAUUACAAGAUGGUGACAAAGAUCCCCCCCCCCAAAGAAAUUUGCAGUGUGUUCAUUCAUCUCUGCCAUCUUCUACCACAUAAACAGAGCAGAGACACUUCUUCAUGCAUUUCAAGCCUUUUUGUUUCUGCUACAGUAGCGCCAUGUUAGGCCUAUGCAGUUAUUGAUUCAAUAACCAGGCUUAGUCUCGACUUUACCACUCAGAGGAAGGAGCAGAAUUAGAGAAAAUAACGGACGGCGAAGACGGACGGAUGUACGGACACCACGCAGUCAGACAAACUGAUGCCCUCUGACUGCCUCUUUCAUUACCAUGGUAACUGCACUGUAGACCACCAGUUGAAGACCUGUAAGGGUCCUUGAGGCUCAAUGUCCUCUGACCCCCCCCCCCCCCCCCCCCCAAUGUAUCUGUGUAUACACUCUCCCUCUUGGCACCAGUUCAGUCAGUGUUCUAUCAUAACUGUUUCCAAUAUGAGCUUGACCCCUCAGCUACAGUACUGCUCUGCAAUAUGAGCUUGACCCCUCAGCUACAGUACUGCUCUGCAAUAUGAGCUUGACCCCUCAGCUACAGUACUGCUCUGCAAUAUGCUGCAACGUUAGCUGAUGAUAGAAAAAGAUGUAAAAGAGAUAUUUUUACAACUUUUGGCAAGUGACCUGACGUCCAGCUUCUCUGUGUGAUUGUUGUAACUUAUCAAUUUAUGAGCCACAUUGAAAUAAAUAAAACAUAAAUCUGUACAGCUUGUAGAAAUACUUGUGAAUACUUACUAUACACUUUGACUAAAUCUGUUUCAUAGAUGAAAACGAGGGAUUUUUCAUUUCACUUCAACAGUGUUUUAUGUCAUUUCAAUAGUGGUGUUAACUUAAGAAGUAGCAGAACUUUUUAAACCAACUAAAGUAGCUCUAUAAACCCACAGGGCUGGUUUCUGCCUGUUAUUUUAAAGACUUAAAAGUUUCCUCAUAUUUUUGCCUAUUGAUUCUAUACAUAUUACAUUAGCCUUAUGCCAAGGUGAAUUCUUUGUGAAUACAUACUGAUUCUGAAUAGAGACAUUUGAACUUAAUUGAUGAUAUAAGAAAUAUUGACCAUCCAUCUGGGUUCCGCUUUCAAACUGUUUGUGUUUGAAGAAUGAGAUGUAUAAAUGUAUUUCACUUUAUAGCUCUAAUGAAUUUCACAGUUUUGGUGUGAAGCGCUUUAGGAAAAAUUAUAAGCUGGGAGAAAAUAGCCUGAAAUCCAAAUUGAUGUGCUCUGUUUUCCUAUUGAGCAUGUCAGUUAGGAUGACUGGCUAAAGAGAGAUACUACAGUACUUCAAUAUUUGCAAUAUGGAGUUUCUAUUUCAUUUACUAGGGAAAGAAUUUAAAAUAUUUAGCUUUUGCCAUAUUGAAUUUAAGUUGCAUUUGUUUUGUUCCUUUUCGGACAAGUCACAAUGACAUCCAGAUCUAGAACCCUAAUUUGAACAGUGCCAUUGUUUGUGUCUGGCCUCUGCAUAAAGUUUCAGUUUUUUGAUUAACUGCA